UUGAUGUUGAUUUCAUGCAAUAAAAUGCGUGUGAGCGUUAGUUGUCAAUGAACACGUUUAACAAACAAAGGGCAAAUACUGAUGCCAUCCGAAAGAAACUCCAUUCAUUCAUACGUUCACAUGUACACAAAAUAUGUAAUGCCAUCUCUUUGUGUCUGAAAUAAGAUUUAUUCUUGCCAAGAUAUUCGAAAAAGGCAUGAAAAGAUUUGACACCAUGUGAAGCAAACAUGUUCAAUCAGCCCACAACAAGUGGUAGAAUUCCGUUAUGAGCUGGAUCAAAUCAUGACAUCACACAAAGAAAAGUACGACCACAACUACGAGGAAAUUGACGAAAUUGGCAAUGGAGCGUACGGCACGGUUUUCAAGGCCAAGGACACCCGUAACGAGGGAGGCUGGGUGGCCAUCAAGCGCAUUAAGAUCCAGAACACAGAGGAAGGCAUGCCCAUGAGUGCCAUUCGAGAAAUUGCUCUUCUCAAACAGUUAGAAAAUUAUGAACACCCCAAUAUUGUCAGGCUGUUAGAUGUGCGUCAUGCUCAGCAAAGUCCCACUGAAAUCCAGCUGAUGUUAGUGUUUGAAUACAUUGACCAAGACCUGUCCACAUAUCUCCAGAGAUGUCCAAGUCCAGGGUUGGGGCCGGAGAGGAUAAGGGAUCUGAUGUUACAGCUGUUAAAUGGAGUGGAUUUCCUUCACGCUCAUCGAAUUGUACAUCGAGACUUAAAACCACAGAAUAUCCUCGUAACCAGUCAAGGACAGCUCAAACUCGCCGACUUCGGGCUCGCCAGAGUCUAUGCAUUUCAGAUGGCCUUAACAUCUGUUGUGGUUACUUUGUGGUACCGCGCCCCAGAGGUUAUUUUACAGGACACCUAUGCCACGCCUGUAGAUAUGUGGAGUUGUGGGUGUAUAUUUGCGGAGCUCUUCAACAGGAGGCCUCUGUUUUGUGGACAAUCAGAUAUUGACCAACUAACUAAGAUAUUUGAUGCUUUGGGUCUUCCUAAUGAAAGAGACUGGCCAGAAAAUGUUACACUGCCGUACAAUUCAUUUAAAUCUAAAGCUCCACAGCCCAUUAGUCACCUCAUACCAGAGAUAGAUUCAGAUGCCAGGGACCUCCUAGAGAAACUGUUGAUAUUCAACCCACACAAUCGCAUCACUGCUCACGAAUCCUUGCAGCAUCCGUAUUUCAAAGACGAACUGGAUGGAAUCCGAACAUCUAGUUCUCUCUCCGAGAGCGAAUCUCUGGACACUUCAGACUGCCGUUCCGACACGCCCGUCAGCAAGUGAAAACUAGUUCUCCACUAAACUAGUGUUCUAUUCACCUAGACUCCAAGAUAUCUCUUCCCUUCACUGAACAAAUGAUUAUUUACUAAGAAUGGAAACUUGUUACAUGUUUUACUAUGAUAUCACAAAGUCCGAAAUUAUCACCUUUAUAGUUCUUGAAAUGAAAUGUUAUUUUUCAGUUUAUGCAUUCAAUUUGUAAUACAAUGGUUUGUUAACAAUUCCAAUGGCAAUACUGUGAAAGAUCUGUGAUAUUGUUAUACUUUAUACCUAGUAAUGAAAAUGAAAGAAACAUUCUUGGGUAUUAAAAUACAUAUUUUUACUGCUUUCACAUAUUUUUAAGUACAUAUUUUUUAAAAAGUUUUGAUCUCUCAAAAUUUUAUUUGAUAUUUUGUCAGAAAAAAAUAUAUUUUAUACUGCAGACAUUGUGUAGCAGUAACUGCAUUAUUUAUAUAAUCCUGAAAAGUUUGAUUAUGCACAAAUGCUCUAUGUAGAUGAUGCAAAGUGCAGACUUUAGUAAGUGUAAUAAAAAUUCUAGUUUGGGAGAAAAUGGCUCACAUUCUUAGUUUUCUUUAUAUUCACAGUUUUAAUUAACAAAGAAAUGAAUUUUAGAAACUGAGUAAUUUCUAAAAAAUGUUAUCUUAAACACCCAUGAAUUUAACAUUUACCUGAGCAGGUAACUUAAGAAAUGCUUGUCUUUAAAUAAUACCGUAGUUUUUCCAAUGAACAGUAAGUUAAAUGAAGUCUGUACAAUGAAUCAUUACUGAGAAUAUGAGUAAUCUGGUAAAAAUCAGAUCCUCGAUCCGCUCCUCUUUUUUUUAUUGUGACUGUCGCAAAAAAAAAAAAAAACCAAAAAAAACCCCAGAGGAGUGGAUCUAGGAUCUGAUUUUAAUCAGAUUGAGAAUAUGAGGGAAAUAGAAAAUUGUACUUUGUACAAUGAAAUGAUUUUAAUGAAAUUUUGAGGCACUAUAGAGCAAACUGAAUGAAAUUUUGAUACUGUGUGCUUAUUUAUUAUGAGUGGUAUGCAUAUUAUUAUGUUGUUGAUUUUGAAAUGCGAAACUUGAUUUUGAAUUUUUACCAUGAAGAAUGCUUGCUUUCAUGUAUAAGUGUAAGUAAACCAAGUAUUCAUUCUACUCCUAGAUUGAAACCUGUAUGAAAUUAUGGAAUUUCUUUGGAGAGAUGUUUGAUAUUUUUUGUCUGUAUAAGCAGUACUUGGUGUUGACUUUUAUAUGUGUUUCUGUAUGAUUUUCUUUAUUUAUUUUGAUAAUCAUGAUCUUUCAAGGUUGUUAACUUGGAAUGGCAUAACAAUACAUUCAAACUUUAAUCUUACAGAAGUAUAUGACAAUUUUUGGUCUAAUU